AUGGCAAUGGUAUUGAAUGAUGUUCAUGAAAUACAUAGUCCUUUGAUACGGACAUUUGUUAAAUUUCAUGGAUUAUUUGGUGUACAAUUAUCACCAAUUUGUUGGUAUGAUUGGCAUUCAAUUCUACGAUUAUUGAUCAAUAUUUUAAUGAAUAUAUUUGUUUUAUAUGGAUUAUAUAUUGAAUCAAAUGAAACAACUGAAAAAUUUUAUACCAAAUCACAUUUGUAUGAACAUUUUUGGCGUGCUAGUAUUGUUGCUACAUAUCCAAUUGGUUAUUUUAUAACAAUCAUUUGUUAUAUACGUUAUGGUCAUCAUAUUGUUAAACAAUUAGAUUCACCAUCAUUUCAACAGAUUCAUAUUCCCGUUGCCGUAUUUUUUUACGAUUCAUCACAGCUUAUAACAUGGUAUAUUCUGUUCUAUUAUCAAUGGAUACAAUAUUUAUCAUUUCGAAAAUUGAUUUCAAAAUUAUCAACAACAACAACAAAACGACGAAAAACAAAUAAUAAUUUUUCAAUUGAACAACGUUUAUUUCAAUCAAUCAAAAAUCUUUCACAACCAAAUCGUCAAUUACAAUAUUAUUGUUCAUAUUUAUUGAUCGGUGUACUAAUUGAACAGACAAAUUCUGUUAUACAUUUUCUUCUGUACGUUUUACUUGAUCCAUAUAAAAGUGGUGUUGAAUUAGCAAAUGUUUUUGCACAAACAAUACGUACAGCUUUAUGUUUUUUAUUGGUUCAAAUUAAUCGAAAAAAUAUACAAUUUUUUGAUCAAAUUUAUCAGCAUUUUCGUUUGAAAUUUAUUGGUAAUCAUCAUAAUAAUCAUGAUCAAAUUUCAAUACGUUAUUCAAAAUUUAAUCAAUUAUUAAUUUAUCGUAAAUAUUUUCAAUUAUCAAUAUUUCAAUGGCUUAAUAUUGAUUAUUUAUUUCUUGUUCAUAUGUUUUCAUUUUCAUUGGGCUAUAUAAUCAUUAUUUCACAAACAACCGAUUAA